GGGGGGCUCGGUUCCGCCUUACAAGGAUGAUUGGCAGCUAGGUCAGCCUUUGCGAGAGGAGGAGGAGGAAGCGGCUCGGGCCGGCCGCCGCCGCCGCCGAGUUUAAGGGUGGAUGGACCUGUUCGGGGACCUUCCGGAGCCGGCACCUCCGGCAGCUACAGCAGUAGAGAAAGAAGGGCAGAAAGGACCAUUGCGUUUUGAGGAUCUUCCACCAGUCAGCAGCACUGAUUUGGGGGCAGGGGGUUCUUUGCUUUUUGAUGAUCUCCCACCUGCCAGCAGUGGAUACUCAACUCCACAUCCCACAGAACAGGUUUCCCUUCCUGUGAGCCAUGGGAAGGGAGAGAAGAGGAAGUCCACUGAGGGAGAGAAGAAUGGGAGUGAAGAACUUGUGGAAAAGAAAGUUUGUAAAGACUCUGAAGGUAUUCUUGGCCUGAAGGGUUAUGUGGCUGAGAGGAAGGGUGAGCGUGAAGAAAUGCAGGAUGCUCAUGUUAUUCUGAACGAUAUCACAGAAGAGUGCAGUCCCUUGCCCUCUCAGAUAACGCGUGUCUCAUACUUUGCUGUCUUUGAUGGCCAUGGAGGAGUUCGAGCUUCAACCUAUGCAGCACAGAAUCUGCAUCAAAAUCUGAUCAGGAAAUUUCCAAAGGGAGAGGUGCCCAGUGUGGAGAAAGCAAUAAGGAGAUGCCUUCUUGACACUUUCAAACACACAGAUGAGGAAUUUCUUAAGCAGGCUUCAAGCCAGAAACCUGCCUGGAAGGAUGGCUCCACAGCAACCUGUGUGCUGGUAGUCGAUAAUACUCUGUUUAUUGCCAAUCUUGGAGACAGCAGGGCGAUUCUAUGUCGUUACAAUGAAGAGAGUCGGAAACAUACAGCCUUAAGUCUCAGCAAGGAACAUAACCCAACACAGUACGAUGAGCGAAUGAGAAUCCAAAAGGCUGGAGGCAAUGUCAGGGAAGGGCGUGUUCUGGGUGUCCUGGAGGUCUCCCGCUCCAUCGGUGAUGGACAGUACAAGCGCUUUGGGGUCAUCUCUGUGCCAGAUGUCAAGCGCUGCCAACUUACACCUAAUGACAGGUUUAUCCUGUUGGCUUGUGAUGGUCUCUUCAAAGUCUUCUCACCAGAAGAAGCUGUGAACUUCAUCAUGUCUUGUUUAGAGGACAAAACUACUCCUCCAAGAGAUGCCAAAUCUUCUGUUGAUGCUAGGUAUGAAGCAGCCUGUAACAGGCUGGCCAACAAAGCAGUGCAGCGAGGCUCAGCAGAUAACGUCACCGUGGUGGUGGUCCGGAUCGAACAGUGAUGGGAAGAAUAUGUGCAAGGGAGGUCCUUAGCAGCAUGCAGUGGAUUUAAUAGAGCAAGUUGGUGUGUUUGUGAGUGUGUAUGUAUGUAAGGUUUUGGUGUGUGUUUUCCCCUGAAUUGCUCUUAUUUGUAAAUAAAGGUUUUUUUUUCUAA